CAGCAACAAAACGACGCCGUAGUAAUGUGGUGCAUAGAGCAUAGCACACUACUCUCUGCUGAGAUGACUCCUUUUAUCUGGUUGAUUUCACAGAGCGAAAGGAACGGGCUUUUGCUUUCCGCUAACUGAAAUUCGAAGCUGAUGGUUGAAUUCUCAUCCUUCCAGGCUUCCACCAUCCUCUUCUUCAUCUUCGCCGAGCAAAUGUAGCUGCAUUACAUAGCUUCACUUCCUUCAAUCUGCUUUCCGUAUUCCGUACACAAAUACGGGAAGUUCUAUGGCCGGCCAAUGCUAUCUGGGCUCUGCUCAUUCUCUUUCAGCUUCAUCAUCUUCUUCACUUUUUCCGUCAUCUCAAUUCCUAAGCUUCAAACCCAAAGCCCUCAACCGCCCACCCAAGUUUUACUUUCGCUCCUCGGUUACUUCCCAAUUUUCAAGCACAGACCUUGACGAUGACGACGAAAACAAUAAGACCAAGAAAACCCAAUUUCAUUUUAUUAAACUUUCAGUGACUCUGACUGUAAUAUCCGCUUCUCUGGCCCAACCCGCCACCGCCCUCGCUGCCGUGAAAGAGCGAAAGCGCGCAGCCAAGAAACCGUCGUCCAAAAAGCCUGAAGCUUUAUCGCCCCAGGAGCUGAAAUCAUGGUCUCAGGGACUACCGGUCGUUUCGAACCGGAUUCCGUACACCCAAUUGCUUGAAUUGAAAGAGGAAGGUAAGCUUAAGCAUGUGAUUAAGCCUCCUGGUAUUGAUUUGAGACAGAAGGCAGAACCCGUGUUGGUGGUUCUGGAAGAUUCUAGAGUCGUGAGGACGGUCUUGCCGUCUGUUGAGGGUGAUAAGAGGUUUUGGGAAUCUUGGGAUAAGUUGAAUAUUGAUUCAUUCUGUGUAAAUGCUUAUACACCACCUCUCAAGAGGCCAGAGGUUCCGUCUCCUUAUCUGGGUUUCUUGGCAAGAGUGCCACAAUUCAUAUUUUCGUUUGUGAAGCCCAGAAAGGAGUCCAAGAAGGCAAUGGAAUUGAGGAGGACGAGGGAGGAGUUCAAGAGAGAGAGGAAAGAAGAGUUUGAGAGAAUGAGGAAGGAAAGAGAGAUGCUUGAGAAGAAUAUGAAGAUUCAGAGGAAAGAGGAGGAGAGGAGAUUGAGGAGAGAGAUGAGGAAGAAGAAGUACCAGGAGUCAUUGCGUGAGGCACGUAGGAAUUACCAGAGUAUGGCGAAUGUGUGGGCAAAUUUGGCAAGCGAUUCGAAUGUGGCCACUGCACUUGGGUUAGUAUUUUUCUAUAUAUUUUAUAGGACUGUGGUGCUUAGCUAUAGGAAGCAGAAGAAAGAUUAUGAGGAUAGGUUGAAGAUUGAGAAAGCUGAGGCAGACGAAAGGAAGAAAAUGAAGGAGUUAGAGAGGGAGAUGGAGGGGAUUGAAGGUGAGGACGAUGUGAUUGAGCAAGGGAAAGGUGAGCAGAAUCCUUAUAUGAAGAUGGCUAAGGAGUUCAUGAAGUCCGGUGCUCGUGUUCGACGGGCACAGAAUAAGAGACUGCCUCAGUAUCUGGAGAGGGGUGUGGAUGUGAAGUUUACAGAUGUUGCAGGGCUUGGGAAAAUUCGACUUGAGCUGGAGGAAAUUGUUAAGUUUUUCACUCAUGGAGAAAUGUAUAGGAGGAGGGGAGUUAAAAUACCUGGUGGUAUACUUCUUUGUGGCCCCCCUGGAGUGGGCAAGACUUUACUUGCAAAAGCUGUGGCUGGUGAGGCUGGGGUCAACUUUUUCUCCAUAUCUGCCUCUCAGUUUGUGGAAAUAUAUGUUGGUGUGGGUGCGUCUCGUGUCCGAGCGCUUUACCAAGAAGCAAAGGAAAAUGCUCCAUCUGUCGUCUUCAUUGAUGAGUUGGAUGCUGUUGGUAGAGAGCGUGGUUUGAUUAAGGGUUCUGGUGGACAAGAACGUGAUGCUACUCUUAAUCAGCUCCUUGUUUGCUUGGAUGGGUUUGAAGGUAGGGGGGAAGUCAUCACCAUUGCUUCCACAAAUAGACCAGAUAUUCUAGAUCCAGCACUCGUUAGACCUGGACGUUUUGAUCGAAAAAUAUAUAUCCCCAAGCCGGGCCUUAUAGGUCGCAUUGAAAUUCUGCAGGUCCAUGCUCGCAAGAAGCCUAUGGCUGAAGAUGUGGACUAUAUGGCUGUAGCUAGUAUGACUGAUGGAAUGGUUGGUGCAGAGCUAGCUAACAUAGUUGAGGUUGCUGCAAUCAAUAUGAUACGCGAUGGAAGAACUGAGAUUACUACUGAUGAUCUCUUACAAGCUGCACAAAUAGAAGAGAGAGGAAUGCUAGAUAGAAAAGAUAGGAGUUCUGAAACUUGGAAGCGAGUAGCUAUAAAUGAAGCAGCAAUGGCAGUUGUAGCUGUGAACUUUCCUGAUCUUAAAAAUAUUCAGUUUGUCACAAUUGCUCCUAGAGCUGGCAGGGAAUUGGGUUAUGUUCGGAUGAAAAUGGAUGCUAUUAAAUAUAAUGGAGGGAUGCUUACUCGACAAUCCCUCCUGGAUCAUAUCACUGUUCAACUAGCACCUCGUGCCGCUGAUGAGAUUUGGUUUGGUGAGGAUCAGUUAAGUACAAUAUGGGCUGAAACAGCAGACAAUGCUCGCUCAGCAGCACGCACCUUUGUUCUUGGUGGCCUUUCCGAGAAGCAUCAUGGAUUAUCCAACUUCUGGAUUGCAGAUCGAAUCAAUGAAAUUGACGUGGAGGCAUUGCGGAUUGUCAACUUGUGUUAUGAACGUGCAAAGGAGAUCCUGCAGCAAAACCGAAAGCUCAUGGAUGUGGUGGUUGAAGAACUCGUUGAGAAGAAAAGUUUGAGUAAACAUGAUUUCUUUAGUCUAGUUGAGUUACAUGGCUCCCUCAAACCUAUGCCAGCAAAUAUACUAGAUAUCCGGGUUGCCAAGCGUAAACAGUUUGAAGAUAUGAUGAUGGAACGGAAGCAAUUGACUUCAGGUAGCAAUUUAUAAGGAGCUGAAACUGUUUUAUCAUAUAUGAUCAUUUAUGGAGCAUCACAAACAAGUAAUCUCUAAUGUGCAAAUUUGACUCUUGGUGAGCAUUAUGUCCUCCGACUGAUUAGCUUGUUAAAGCCUAUAUCAUUUUGAUGAGGCACAGAAAACAGCAUCAAUCUGAGGGGCAGGACAAUUUUGAGGCCGUCCUAUCCCCUUCUUUCCCAUAUUUUUUAAUUUUCAUUUGUUAAUAAUUAUUUUUUUUAACCGACAGGGUGUUACGAAAUCAUCUUGUCCAAUCGAGUGUUGGUUUCCUUGGUUACUUGAAAACAAUGCGUUGUACGAGUUGAUUCUAUAUAAUAUAUGUAUAUGGACAAGGACUAUGGAAUUUAAAUACAAAGCUUCAAAAAAUUAGAAAAAAAUUAUUAUUUUGCUUUCUAUGAUAUGAAAGCUUUUGAGCCUUAUAA